GAGCCGAGCGGAGCCGGGCCCCGGCGGGGGCGGUGGCGGCGCUGGAGCCGGAGCCGGAGGCUGAGCCGGGCCCGUGCGGGGCCGGGGAGAGCCCUCCCGCCGGGGCCAUGAGGGCCGAGCCGCCCGCCUGGGCCCCGGGGCCGGCGCAGGCGGCCGCGCUGCUGGAGGAGGCGGCGGAUCUGCUGGUGCUGCACCGCGACUUCGCCGCCGCCGUGGAGCGCUGCGAGGCGGGCUGCGACAGCCUGGGCCCUGGCCCUGGCCACGAGAGUUUUGCAGAAGUGAAAUGCUCCCUUUGUGUUGUGGGGAUCCAGGCGCUGGCCGAGAUGAACCGGUGGAGAGAAGUUCUGUCUUGGGUCCUACAGUACUACCAUGUCCCUGAGCAUCUGCCUCCAAAAGUUCUGGAGCUGUGCAUCCUGCUGUACAGCAAGGUGAGAGAGCCGCAGGUGGUGCUGGAGGUCGGCGGCAGCUGGCUGGGAUCCCAGGCCAACCGGAGUCUGCCCGAGUUCGGCUCGCUGCUGGAGCUGUACCUGGCGCAGGUGCUGCUGCCGCUGGGGCGCUUCGGGGCCGCGGAGGAGCUGGUGCGGGGCUGCCCCGCCUUGGACAGCGAGCGGCGCCUGCAGCUCCUCGGCACCAUCGGCGACAGCCGCGCCUCCUGGGCUCGGCGGGACGAGGAGACACGCCCGGGGGCUGAGGAGCAGCAGGACCCAGCCGCAGAAACGCUUCUGGGAGUGCUGUCCCAAAAGCUCCUGACCAUGCUGACGUUGCUACGUAGAACACUGAGGUCCAUGUCAAACCACUUCUAUUUACUUCCUUACAAGAAGAUGCUCUUGGCCACUUUUUUGCUGUACCUGGUGGUGGUGAGAUUAGACCCAGCUUCUCCCACGUCCCUGCCAUUCAUCUACAAACUGGUCCAGCUCUUCCGACAGGCUUGGGCAGCUGUGCUUUCUCCAGUCCACAGGCCUCCAAUUGGAGACUGAGUGUCUGCCUCCUCUCAGAGUGUCACCUUGUCUUGGCCAUGUUCAGAUCUGAGCUGGGGACUCCUGGAGUUUCUUCAGACAGGGAAUGGUGGUGGAUGAAUUUUGAAUGCACAGCAAAUAUUCCUGACAUUUUGCUUGGUCCUGUCCAGCACUAGGGUACAGCCACUCCUUCCAUACCUACAAUUGAAUAAGAAUCUAAGAAUACUCCUUUUCAAACACUUUGCUUUGGAUGUGUCUCUUGAGUGAGGGUUGUGUAGCCAGUUAUGAGCUGUGGAAGAAGUUCUCAUCCUUGCAAAUGCUGAGCAGUUCUCUGAACAAGUGCAAUUCCUGGAGGACCAGUGAUUAGGGGAAUAUUCUGUUUUCCCUGAAGACAGCUGAAAAGCCCAGUUCCUGCAGCAUGGGAUUGAGGACAAGCACAUGGAAGAAAAAUACAGGAGAAAUUCAAGCCUAUUGCAUUUUGAAAGCCAUGGUUUCUCUUGUGACUGAUGCCUCUUUGGACAGGCACACUGGAUUUUAAUCAUAUUUAAGCCAGAAAGAUGAGGGGGUGGGCCACAGAGACUGUUGUGUUGCAUCUACUCUUCUUAAAUUACUCUUCUUGCAAAUUACAGCACUCAGUGCUUGCCUGAUGCACAGUCAUUCCUAGAAGCACUUGGUGGUGGUGGUGGUAAGGAAAUAGACUUUAUUUUUUUAAAUUAUAUUCUAUGUUAUUGUCUAGUUGAACAACUGAAGUUGUUGCUUUGUUUUGCUCUUUCCCUACCUCUGGCUUUGUUUAUGUAGAUGUCAGAAAGUCUCUCUGUCUAUCUAGAAUUGCUCCCCAGGUCCCCAGUACCCAAAGCCCUGGGUUAGAUGGGAGUCAUGUAGCAAUGCUCUGUCAUUCAGAACAAAGGGGGAUUUUUUAAUAGAAAGAGAUACUUCUCUGAAAUCACAAAACUUUCCCCAGAUCGAGAAAGAAAGUUUUACACCUGCAGGUCUGUCACCAGACCAGCUCCAUUUCUGACCACUUGGAGCAGAAAUUGGAGGUUUGGGGUGAUAAAUUAAUUUCUCCUCCAUCCAUUCGUCCAUCAUCAAUUGACAAAGGUAAAUUCCAAGGAGGGACCACUGAUCUAACAAAAUAAUGCUUUUAAACUGUUGUGUGCUGGAGGGGACAAGCUAAAAGUGAGAAGCCAAGGACAAAAUUGCCUCUGUCAUGCCACACCUGUGCCAAAAGGGUGUAAACUCACUGAUGCCAGCCCAAACUACAAAAUGUCAGAGCAGCCUUUUGGUGGGAGCACCCCAAAGGCACGAGAAGCAGCCAGUGCAGAUCCCAGCGUGGUGUCUUGCAGCAGUAGUGCCCUUUGUCUCUAGCAAUAACCAUUCUCCAGGGUGGUGGCUGUUGCUGUUUUCUUCACACAGGGGCUGUUGGCACCCUCAGACUGUUGCUUUGCUCCCUGCUGGGGCACUUUGCAAACAGUCUCAUCUUCAGUACUAAAAAUACUUGUUUGCUUCAUCUUAAAUUAUCCCAAAAAGAGCUACACCCCAGCAUUAUUGUCAGACAAACUCAGGUUAUUUGUGAGUGUAAUAAUGACCUUGCCUAGUUGUCUCAAGAGAUUUUAAAACCCAAACCAAUCCCAUAUGCCUCCCCAAAGUUUUUGUCUCUGCCAGGACUCUACAUCAGGUUAAGCAAACUUCACUCUGAAGUCAGGCCGAAUUCUGAUCAAAGUGACUUUAGGUAAUUCACACUUUUUGCUGUAGUCUCCUGGCUUCAUUUUUAGUUGGAUGGCAGAGAUGCUGUUCUGGAGGUUGGUUUGGACCAGUGGUUUCAGCAAACCAUACAUAGCUUUUAGAAUGCUGUUCAGUGUCAUUUACCAGGACUUCUAACAUUAAACUUUAUUUUAAGUGUAUGUUGGUAACCUUUACUCUAUUGGAGUACUACUGAUUUAGAAUGUAUAUUGUUUUAAAUUCAUCAUGAGAGAGCAAGAAGGCAGAAAUAAGCUAUCAGGGGUUUUUUGCAAUUAAUACUAAAACUGCAGUGUCUAAUUUUUAUAAUAAAGUGACCACUGAUUUACCUC